UCAAGUUUGAACAAACAGCGGCUACAGGCAGCUAGCAGAGAGAAAGGUGGAGCAGGAAUUGUACAUGCAAACCUGGACCACUGGCUAAAAUCCAACGCAUUAGAGCACGUCUCCGGCCUGCCAUCCUUAAGAUUAGACUGUACCUGCCCGAGUGCUAUGCUGUUGCCAAGUGCUGUGUGAACCUGAGUGACCAAAAAGUUGAAACAUGGCUUCAAAGAAAAGUGAGCAGGCUCACGUUUUGCUGUUGGAAGAAGAAGUCAGGAACCUGUCAGAGGAACUUGCACAAUGUCAGGCAGAUAAAGAGUUUGUCUGGUCUUUGUGGAAACGCCUUCAAGUUGCCAACCCAGAUCUGACACAGGCAGUGAGUUUGGUUGUGGAAAGAGAGAAACAAAAGGCAGAAGCCAAAGAUGGAAAAGUGUUGGAGAUUCUGCAAGUCAAAGACAGCAAAAUACGAGAGCUGCAGCAGCAAGUGACAGGCCAGCAGCAGGAAAUCAACAACAUUGUUCAGCGAAAGGUAGCAGUAGAUGAAGAAAACAGCUUAAUGAAGAAGGAGCUGACUGCUUUGCAGCAAAAACUGUUGGAUAAAAGUCGAGAACUUAAGGAUGUUAAGGAGCGAACCAAGAAGAAAGAAGACGAACGCCGGCUUGUUGUGAGGAAUCUGGAGGAGGAAAAGAAAGGAUUAAACACACGCUGCUCUGACCUGCUAAGUGACCUGGAGAAACUGCAGAAGCAGGCGGCCCACUGGGAAGAGGAGAAAUCUGGCAUUGAGUCGAAAGUAAAGGUGUUGGAAGAGGACAUUAAGGAAGCCAGACAACAAGUAGAAGACCUUCAUAACAAAUGUAAUGAACUGUCUUCUCAACUUGCAACCAAGCACACUGAGCUGGCUUGCAAAGAGACUGAUGUAACUAAAUGCAGGAAGGAGUUGCUGAAGAUUCAGAAUCUUUAUAUGCAGAGCACAGAGCAUACGGCUCAGCAGGCUGAACUGAUUCAGCAAUUGGAGGGCCUAAAUCUUGAAACGCAGAAGGUGCUGCGAAACCAGGAAGAUGCCCACACAACAGAAACAAUGUCAUAUCAAAAGCUAUACAACGAAUUGAACAUGUGUUAUGAAGCAUUACAGUCUAGUGAGACCCAGCUCCGUCAAAGCCAUAUUUCCUUGACAACCCAAUUACACCAGAAGGAGCAACAGAUCAGCCAGCUACAAGCAAAGCUGCAGCAGGCUCUUGUCUUUUCUCAGCUCCCAGCAAGACAGACUAAUGCCAAGCAUCUGGAAGAGGAAACACAUCAUGUAUCUUCUGAAGAGCUGGAACACCUGGUUGCUGCACAGAAGGCAGAGUUAAAGCUAUUGACAGAGAAACUGAAAAUAGCCAACAUGAAGUUAGCAGCUCACACUAUUGCCAGCAGCGAUGGAUCAGAGAGCAACAACCAAAGAGGUGGAAGAAGACACAAGGAUCCACCUGUGAAGCGUUCAAGGUCUCUGUCCCCAAAGAGUUACGGCAGAGAGUCGGAGGAACUGCAGAGGCUCGGCAUAGCUCCAAAUAAGCUUCAGAAUUUGGAGGAGCUUGUCAAGUUAAAGACCAUUGAAAAUGAAGAGCUGAGAAAUGCUCACGAAAAGCGUCAAGACAGAUUGCGGCUGAUUCAGACCAAUUACAGGGCCGUCAAAGAGCAACUUAAAGAGAUGGAGGAGGGGAAUUGCAAGACUAAAAGCAAAGGCCGAAGCCAGCGUGCAGAGCCCUGGCAGCUUCGACAGGAGAACAGCGAUGCCGUCUGGAAUGAGCUGGCAUAUUUCAAACGGGAACACAAGAAGCUGUUAACAGAAAAGGUAAACCUUGAAGAGGUGCUUGAUCAGCUGAGGGUGCAGACUGCAACUGACAAGGCUGCAAUUCAGGAGCUCAAUGUGUGUCUGCAGCAGGAGAAAGAAGAACUUCUCUUCAGGCUUGGAGAAGACACGGGUGUCAAGAGCAGCACACCCAAAAAGAAUGUGGAAGAAAAUCUGGAGCAGCCAUUAAAGAUGGUCAACCUGUUGGAGAGGAAACUGAGAGCUGUAGAAAAGGAAGCAAAGAAACUUAAAGAUGCCAACGAGGAGCUGACCAAAGGAAAAAGCUCACUCAUGGCUUCCCUGGCUCGUCUGCGGAGAGUAGAGGAAUCCAGAGAGGAUGCAGAUGAAUUGAUGAAGGAGAACCGAGAGUUGAAGAGGGAGCGCAGCGAGCUGCGGGUCAUGAUAGAUGAACAGGAAAUGAGAGUGGCCUCUCUGAAGAGGCAAGUGGCAAACGCCAACGAGCUGAAGCAAGUGAACCAGGAGUUACUGUUGCAAGCAGAGGGGCUGCAGCGAGCUCUGGACACUGCCCUAGCCUCGGCCACACAGGAGCGAGCUACUUGUGAGUGUGGCUUGAGGGCAGCCGGUACCAAGGUUACAUUCAAACAAGCUAGGCGAAAAAGCUAUCUCAGACACCGACAAGCUUUUCUCAAUCAGUCCAUCAAGGAGAUGAGCAGCCUGUUUGAGAACUUCAAUAAAGACGGCUGGGAGGACAUGAGCGGAGACAGUGAUUCUGACGAGACCCAGAAAAGAACCACUACACAGGAAACAUGUGAUUCGCUGACAGACGAUAAGGAAAGUAAAUGGCCAUGUGAUGACCUGCGUCCACCCAGGAAGAAUCUGCAGCCCAGUUCUUUGAAGAACUACGCAGACAAAGAAAACAAAAAGAGACGUUUUUACAGAAAGAAAAAUGCCAAACCACAUCAGGAUACUCAACAAGCUGCUAACAGUGAAAGUAAACCAAAUAAAAAGAAGGUUGUGGCACAAAAGAGAGUUUUCUCACUGUCACUGCAGCAGAAGAUCUUGUCUCUACACCAGCAGAUAGCUGUUCUACAAACUGGAAGGAGAGCAGCCCUAAAUACCACGAGGGAGCUAAGAGAAACCAACGAGAAGCUAACAUCACAGUUGAACUUGGUCAACCAGAGAUUUCAGCUCAGCAAGCAGGUUACACAGAAGUUGACCUCUGACCUGGCUGAGCUCCAGCAACAGAAGGAUGCGUUAGAGAAAAGAAUUGAGCAGUUGAAAGAACAGCAGGCCCAAGUCGCAAGGUCAACUGAAAUUCAGCCACCUCUGACCCCAGGCUUGACUCGGGACACCCCGACAUCCUCUACAAAGAACUUGGAACUGGAAAUAAAACAGUUGCAGAACAAAUUAAAGAAUUCUACUAAUGAGAUCGCAAAGCAUGUAUCUGCCAAUAAAGUACUGAAAACUGACAUCCAAGUAAAAGAAGACCAGUUUCGGGAGCUGCAGGACAAGCUUUCUCGUAUGGAAAGGGACAUUACUAUGAAGAGGCAGUUGGUUGAAGAUCUAAAAUCCCGACUGAGAUCAUCCCAGGAAAAUGAUAAGACAUGCAAAAAAAUGUUGGAAGACAUGGAAAAAAAGAUAAAGAUGUUGUCUGACGAUGCAGCUAACAGGAAGACCUUCAUAGAUUCUCUGAAGCAGAGACUUAGUGUGGCAACGAAAGAGAAAAAUCAGUAUGAAGAGAUGCACCGGAAAUGUAAGGAGGAGCUUGAGAAGAAGAACCAAAAGCUUCAGGACCUACAGUCCAAAGUAGCAGAAUCUGAGAUUGCAAUGACGGAACUGGAAGAAACAGCAUCCCUGCAAAUGCAUGGGCUGGCUCAGCAGAGCACACAUGCUCUGGAGGUAGUCCAGAAAAAGCUGGGGAUCGCAAACAGACAAGUCGAGGAGUUCAACACAUUUGUUAAGGCUUUGGCCAGAGAGAUACACAAAGAUGUACAAGACACCAAAACCCAGAUUAGAAAAACAAAGAGAAAGCAUUCAACCCCAGGAGGCCUUUCUAAGGAAUCUAUCAACCGAGCCCAGUCCAUAGCAGCUUCCAUCCUUAACAUCUCUCAGACUGACCUGGAGGAUAUCCUGGAUACAGAAGAUGAGGAUUCAGAAGAAGCAAAAACAGCAAGGAGAAAUGAUCAAGAAUGGUUGGGUCAGAUAGAGGGAAUCCUUGAAGGACAGACACUUGAAGCAACCAUUGAUAGCAGGGAUCUUGAUUUAGCUGUCCCUUCAGAGAAGAGUGAUGACACUUUGGUGUUUUCUUUUGCAACGCAUCUAAUGGAAGCCAUAUUAGUGAAGAUGAAGGAGAGGAAAAUGCUGACAGAAGAAUUUGCGUCACUUAGAACAGAAGUCAGCAAAAAAUCAUGACCUUGAGGCUUCAGUUCCACUAAAAACUGUCUUCAAAUGAUGUGUUUAUUGUGCUGGGAUUUAAUUUACAUAAAAAUGAGCUUUUAAUAAGGAUCUUAAGUAUUAUAAAUAUUUGUAAAAGAAAAACCAAGGGUGAUUUUCCUUUGAGAACAUUUGUAAUCUAGAACACCCAGUAUAAUACAUUAUAUAAAUACAUAGCUGUUUAAUUGUGUGCAACCUGUUGGCAUUUUGCAUUCAACUAAAGCUUUAUGAACCAUUGCUGUGUGUGGCAAUUUGUUUACAUUGUGUGUAUAGGAACCAAGAUGUAAACUGUAUGUACUUUACUGAGGUGUAUGUUCCUAUUUAUUUAAUUUCCUGUCUUAAUCUCAU